CUUUUCCCGCUCGGCCUCCCGGGCGCGCAGCUGUGACGCAAGCAUUCCGCGACUUUCGGCAGUCACCGCACGCGUGGUGCCAUGGCUUCCUCGGGGGUGGCGGGUGGGAGACAGGCCGAAGAUCCACUGCAGCCGCCGCCGGAGCUACUGCCGGAGUCCAAGCCGCCGCCGCCGCCUCAGCCUCUACCGGUCGCCGCGCUCCCGCCGCCGGCGGCUCCGCGGCCGCAGUCCCCCUCAGGCGCCAAGGAGGAGAAUUACUCCUUUUUACCGUUGGUUCACAAUGUCAUCAAAUGCAUGGACAAGGACAGCCCAGAUCUCCACCAGGACCUGAAUGCUCUCAAAACAAAGUUCCAGGAGAUGCGGAAGCUCAUAGGCACCAUGCCCGGCAUCCACGUGAGCCCUGAGCAGCAACAGCAGCAGCUUCACAGCCUCCGGGAGCAAGUCAGGACCAAGAAUGAGCUUCUGCAGAAGUACAAGAGCCUCUGCAUGUUUGAGAUCCCCAAGGAGUAGGGCCUGCUCCCAGGACAGCUGCCAAGGGACUGAAAGCUUCACCCGGUCCUGUCCAGCUCCUUGGGAGCCCCCCUCUAAACUGUGAGGCCACAUGUGGCUGGUGGGGAGCCUCAGUGGCUGUACUCAGCCUUGACUAGCUAUGCCCCAGCCCCAUCAGCAGAUCUAGAGGGCACAGGAGGAGAGGAGGACGUGUUUCCUUCUUUCCCUCGGCUCCUCCCGCUCCCGAUACCAUCAGUGGGUAUCAGGUACAUACUGUUCCCGUUAACAGCAGUUUCAUGAAGCAUUUGCAUAGAAUUUGUGGGGUAAAUUAGGCCUGCACUCAGAUGGCAUGAAUUUAAUAUAAUUAAAGAAGGCUAGGAGAGUGUGAGCGUUGUUUUGAAAGGCCAGAGGGUGGGUGGCUUCUCCCCGCCCAACAGUUCACUUCCUUUUUUGUUUGAGCUCCUGAAUGAAACUGUAUCUCCGGGGAGUCUGCCCAGAGUCCUGCCAGCCACCAACUCCAGUUUCCAGCCUCCUGCAUACUAACCUGACAGGCUCUUGCUCCCUUUAUCUCCAUCACUCCGGGCAGUGCUCAGAAUAGCCAAAGCACUGCUUGCCUGGGGCCCUUUGUUCUUCCCACGCUGGCUCAAAGAGGCUGUUAAGUAAGCAGCUCUGCCCUGAUUCAUAGGCCCUGGCUUACAGCGUCAUCUCCCCUCUAGCCAAGGAGUCAGCCACAUUCGCUACCCUGCACAUGGUCCCUGCACACUUCUGGUUUGAAGCAGAGUGGUUGGAAGGGGUAAUCGGGUGGUUCCUCAGCCAUGGGUGUGUGUGGUCUGAGUUAGGUCUGAAGGGCAGGGGUAGCUAAGCCUGGGGGUUCCAUAGCUGUGUUGUAGAGUGUGCCCAGCUAGUCCCAGGUGGAACACUGUGUUCUCUCCCUC